CAGGAUCAGAUAAUAUAAUCAAGGAACAUAUUAUUACCUAACUAUCUUCCUUUAAGUUACAAAAGUUGCCCAAAAGUGGUAGCUUGGUGGUCGCAAUGAUCUGGAACCAUCGGCUUCUCUUCUUAGAUCUAAAAAUUGCUAACUUAAAAUUCAGAACUGAAGGAAACUUUAAGAAUCUCAGGAGAUCAUACUCUCGAUGGGGUGGUAUCAUCAGUCAGCGCGAGGAGCUGGACUGGCGCGAUGUGAUCACGGAGGCUGAGCAGAUCGUGGGCUAUCCGACCUCUUUCCUGAACCUCAGAUGGCUGUUCAAUGAUGAGAUCGCGAACACUGCUAUACAUCUUAGGAAAUUGGUUGGAACAAAUCAUCCUCUACUAAAAUCGGCUAAGAAUCUCCUGAUCGGCUCCAAAAGCAACUUGCAAUCUGUGGGACUUAUUGUGCUUUUAGUAUCAAAAGCUGCUGGAUUCCAAACUCAGCAUUUCACCAAGGAUCUCUACGAUUCAGGAGUUCUACACUCCCAGAGAGCGUUGGCUGAGAUCGUGGAAAUGAAGAGAACUGGUCAUCUCAUACAUAAGACCAUGGCUAAUCUGCAGGAUAAGGAAAAACAUGGGGAUAAGUUUAAGGAUCUGCUGUAUGGAAAUAAGAUUGUUUUAUUGACAGGAGAUUACCUCCUAGCGACCUGCCUGCAGCACCUAGGGGGACUACGCAACAACGAAGUGACAGAGCUGAUAUCAACUGGCCUACGCGACCUCGUGGAAGGAGACUUCUUUGGCGACCACGACGAUGAUAACAAUCCUUUGCCGAGCAAGCCGAAAGCUAGCAACGAAGUUACAAGCCACUACAACUGGGAACACGAAGACAACUUGGCCAAGCUUGGCUCAAACGAAUACCUUGGCCAAGGCAAAGACGAAUGGCUCCUGCGUACGAUGCUCACAUCUGGUAGUUUACUUGGCAAGGGAUGCCAAGCCGCGAUGAAGCUUGGCAAACAAGAACACCUGGAAAAAGACGCGUACAAACUUGGCGGACACUUGGCAAUUAUUUGGCAACUUUACUUGGACGUUAAAGACUUCUUUACACACCCAUAUUCGUAUUCUUUAGUUGGUGCCCCUGUCACUUUAGCCAUUUGGGAAUACCCUACGGUGUACAGUUAUAUAAUAGAGGCAAAGUUAGAUAAAAAGCCAGUGGAAUUCAAACAGUUAUACUAUGCGGUGCGUGGAACGAGGGCGUUGGAAUACUUGACGAAGUUUCUGGAAGAAGAAAUGGCGGCCAUUUUGAAAUAUAGCAGUAAGUUUCCGGUAGAGGACGCUAGGGUCGCGAUCCAGAAGAUGGCCAUGACGGUUCAUAGCGAAACACUGCAGUUUAUUGAGUGA